AAUUGUGAUAAUGGAAUAGAAAUGUUUGCCGAGAUAAUAUUAAUAAAUACAUAAUAAAUAUAAUAUAAACUGUUUUAACUUUUAUAUAAUUUUGCACUAAAAUGGCGAACUCAGUAAAUAUAUCAAUUGAAGCACCCAUAGAAAAUCAGAUACAAGAAAUAACCUACGAUGGCCAAGAAAUAUAUCAAGCGCCGUUGUCUAUGUCAGAGAACCUUGCGCGUUUAGCACAGAAAAUUGAUUUUGCCAAAUCAGAUGAUGAAUUCUGUAAUAUUAAGAAAGAGCCUGAAGUAGAGGCGAAAUCUGAGGAGGACAGCAAGGAACCCGGGUACCAAUCGAGUCAGUGGCCAUGGGACUCUGUGAGGAACAAAUUGAGAGAUGCUCUGACACAAGUGUGUGUCCUGGCCGAUGUACUCAGCAUUGCCAAGGAGAAAAGAUACAUGAUUUUAGACCCAAUACAAGCAGAUCAGCAAGACACACGUCCCAUGCUCCAAGUAUAUGGUCGCAAGAAAGCACUUGGAGCAGCAGCUGCCGUUCUACUGGCAGGUGUGGAACGUCUCCGAGCCAGUGAGACCAUGAGAAUGAACCGCAACAUGCCAGACUUCCACAUUGACUUGCUGAGGUUGAGGCAGAACUGGCGACUCAAGAAAGUGUCUAACACUAUUGUUGGGGAUUUGAGCUAUAGGACUGCAGGGUCAAAGUUCAGUCAGACUGGAGUAUUUGAGGUAACCAAAGCUCCUGAGGAACAGAUAGCAGCUGCCAUGAGCCUGAACGCAGCUGGUCCGGCACCUUCAGCACUGCGAGUCACAGUACCCCCUGAACUACAGGGCGUAGCCUUCAUAUCCGUACUCUGUCAAAAAGAACAAGAAGACGUUGUGACUGCGACUCUCUCCUCUUCUGCUCUAAACUGCCCGGGCACUCUGCCGGGCGAGGGCGCGGAGCUGCACUGGCAGCAGAAGCUGGAAGCCGCACAGAACGUGCUGUUCUGCAAGGAGCUGUUCGCCCGGCUCGCGGCCGAGGCGGUGCAGCUCGAUGCUUCGAUACCGCACAUGGUUGUGGGCAACCAGAUCAUGGCUACGGUCCUCCCUGGAAUCCAGUUGCUCAUUGGACUCUGCCAUAAUAACGGUCAAAAUACCAAUAACAGCAACCCUGAUGCAGUCAAGGGCGAAGGUGGCGCCGGCAAGUCGGAGCACGACCACGUGCUGGAGCACUCGCUGCACCAGCUGCUGCGCGCCGUGCACCACGCCAACACGCACCACCCCUUCCCGCACCCCGCCACCGGCCCGCUCGGGCCCUCCAAGCGGCGCUGCCUGGCCGGUACGUACAGUAGAGCACCACCCCUCCCGCACCCCGCCACCGGCCCGCUCGGGCCCUCCAAGCGGCGCUGCCUGGCCGGUACGUACAGUAGAGCACCACCCCUCCCGCACCCCGCCACCGGCCCGCUCGGGCCCUCCAAGCGGCGCUGCCUGGCCGGUACGUACAGUAGAGCACCACCCCUCCCGCACCCCGCCACCGGCCCGCUCGGGCCCUCCAAGCGGCGCUGCCUGGCCGGUACGUACAGUAGAGCACCACCCCUCCCGCACCCCGCCACCGGCCCGCUCGGGCCCUCCAAGCGGCGCUGCCUGGCCGGUACGUACAGUAGAGCACCACCCCUCCCGCACCCCGCCACCGGCCCGCUCGGGCCCUCCAAGCGGCGCUGCCUGGCCGGUACGUACAGUAGAGCACCACCCCUCCCGCACCCCGCCACCGGCCCGCUCGGGCCCUCCAAGCGGCGCUGCCUGGCCGGUACGUACAGUAGAGCACCACCCCUCCCGCACCCCGCCACCGGCCCGCUCGGGCCCUCCAAGCGGCGCUGCCUGGCCGGUACGUACAGUAGAGCACCACCCCUCCCGCACCCCGCCACCGGCCCGCUCGGGCCCUCCAAGCGGCGCUGCCUGGCCGGUACGUACAGUAGAGCACCACCCCUCCCGCACCCCGCCACCGGCCCGCUCGGGCCCUCCAAGCGGCGCUGCCUGGCCGGUACGUACAGUAGAGCACCAUCCCUCCCGCACCCCGCCACCGGCCCGCUCGGGCCCUCCAAGCGGCGCUGCCUGGCCGGUCCUAUGGCCGCGGACCGGUACGAGCUGUUGGAUAUGAGCAAAGAGCAGUCUUUGCUGGAACAAAUUAUCCAGCAAGCACAGCAUUUCUUCAUGCGACGUCGCAGCGAAUACGUCCUGGAUACUAUUGCUAAAGAGGUCAAGGAUCCUCUAAUUGUGUCACAUUGGAACGCCCUAAACAGCCCCACGCAGUCUUGCGUGAAAAUCAACAUUAUGGCAUCAGGGUACGACGCUGUGUGCCGCACAUCCUUGGUCGUGCACGUCGGCGAAAAAACUCUCAAGUGCAUUUGCCGCGACGGCAAAGUACGGCAUCUGUCCUACGAGCUACAGGAACUAAGAGACCUAAUUUACUGUCAGAUAUACCAGCACCAAAUGACUGCAGUCCAAGCUGUUGGUCGCUGUAUGGGUUGGCAGCUGCUUGCCAGCAGCUCGCAUCUUGGUUCGGGGCCUGUAGAACCACUGGGGAAUGCUUCAUCAUGCCUACUAGCAUCUCCAAAUGGUGAUAGGAUGAUAGCAAUAAGAUGUGAGCCUUCAGUGGGCAUGCAAGUCUUCAUUGCUCAAUCUCCAAGGAAAGACUUCUUCUCUAGUGAACUUGUGCAAGACAAGAAAUGGGAAAAUCUGGGUGGAGCUUUCAAGGAAAUCAAACUGGACAAAAUGGAAGGCAAAAACUUCUUGAACAAAAUGGAGCUUCUUAUGGCAUGUCUCAGCAGCCCUUCAUAACUAUAAUUUAUGAUUAAUGUAAGAUAAAAUGGUAUAAUAAAACUUAUUAAACAAAGUAA